AUGAGAGCACGAGAAAGAGCCCACCUCACCACGUCGAAUGCGAGGAAAGGGACGCCCAGGAAUGCCGUGGUGGCGGGUCCGGCCCAAGUAUCCCUACCAACGAGGUACAUGCGCCACAUGCCACUAUUAUUCAUGCUAUCUUAUGUGUUCCUCCCUACAGACUAUGCCCCGCAAUUUUGGGUAGAUGUUCGUGAGCUUCAAAAGCACGUAUCCCUGUCCGUCCCGCCCGUGGGCAGUAAAACCCGCAGGGCAGGCGCAUUAUCAAACUUGUCUGUAGCUGUAGCAAGCAACAGCAGCAGCAGCACCAACAAUAGCUCGCAUGCUGGUACACGAACUCUCGCCCCGCCAAAUCGUGUCAAAGUGGAAUGCUGGAAGGGACGGAGAGAGUCAAAAAAGAAGGCAAAAGAGGGUCUCGGCCGCAAAGGUGAGGAGGAGGAGGAGGAGGAGCAGAAGGAGGAGGGGAUAAGCUCCCACACUCGAGCAGUCCCGUCACAAACUCGCAGUCGCAGCCGCGUUCCUGAGAUGCUCAAGUGCUUUCUCCAACGAAUGAACGGAAUCGCCCCUCUCUCUCCCCCUCUCCUUCCUUCCGGCACGGAAGACAUACGCGAACGCACGGCGCUUUCCUGCAUGCCGUGGACGCAAGUCAGCAGCAAGAAGGAAGCAUGGGAGAGGAGGGGAGGGGAGCUGCUCUUGCUCUUGAGGGAGACGGGAGAGGAAAGAAGCGCCCGGUCAACAAGUCGCUGCUCAACACGUAUGCGUGCCUUAUCUGACAGUUUGCCGGAGCACCCGCUGAUCUGUGUCCUCGCGGACGGGUUACUUCCACCCACCACCUCUACACUCGUGUCCAGUCUUCAUUCAUUUCUGCAGAAGCGGUGGUUCGUUCGGAGGAUGAUCUCCGCCGUAUACCAUCUCAAGUAUCAAGAAGGCGCAAGAGACCCCCAAGUUCCUCCCGCAACCCAAUUGGCCAUGCGCCCACCCCGGCUUAUCGCUUCACAUCACCCCAAACUUUAUCACGGGGAGAUCCCAAGCCAACGGCUGGCGCUCGUCCUGCACCACUACGCCCUAGGCCCAAAUAGCGGGACACAGCAAGCCGAAUUGGGGGACGAAGCUUUGCACUCUUCUUCACCUCUCGGGGCUCUUGUUGCUUUCUCCUCAUCCAAAAAUCCCUCCACGCUUGGAUGCGAUGCUAUGCGGUCCGGUCUUCAGCCCACUCGAGCUUGUGUGAGGUGGACCGUGGGAGGGGGAGGCCCGGGAGGGGCCUCUCUGCGCCUCCCAUCUUGCAUUCCGUUGCUUGUGAAGCUCCUCGUCCUGGCGCUGUUUUCUCCUACGGAAUCUACAUUGGCUGUCUUCUACGCCAGUCACCCUUCCCAAUCUCCAAUUUUGUUCCACGGAAUUCGCCUCUCGGAACUCGGGCUGUGGCCAUCCUUUCCUGGACACGCUGCCGCGGCUCUCAUCGCCGGCCAUACCGUCUUCGUCCAGCUUGGCCGGGUGAACAAUCAAAUGGCACCUCGGAAGCCAAGCAUUGAGGACGACGUGAAUCCACCUAUCUGUACGCCGUCGCCACUUUCAGUCGGUCUCUUCUCUCACUUGACUGGCCAUCGACGCGACGACCCGUUUCUCGUCUUCCCACUAUAA